AUGAUCAAGGGAGACAUGGUGCAGUACUGUGGGUUGCUGUUCCGCCACGAGGGCUGGCCCCUCUGUGUCCACGAGAAGAUCGUAGUCCAGCUGGCAGCCAUUGACUGGCGAAUCCUGAAACCUGGGGACUUCUACCUGCAGGUGGUCCCCUAUCUCAAGAAAUCUCCACGGAUUGUAGUGAAAUGUUUGGCAAAAGACAAGCAUAAUGUAGAGGAAGUUGUGAUUCCAGAAGUUUCCUAUACCUCUAUUUUUACUCUGGAAUGGUUGAGUACUAUCAAUGGAGAGCGGAUGGGUAUAGCACUGGAAAAUUGUUUACUAACCACUGAUGAUAAAAUAUUUCGUGUCCCCUGGGAUCAAGUGGUUAAGCCUGAAUUUAUAAAUAAACCCAAAAUAAUUGGAAACAAUAUUAUCUCUCCAGAAAUAACAGAGCAACCUUCAGUUUUGUGCCUCCCCAUGGACCAUGCUGAGUGCAGUUCACCAGACCUAGGGUCUCAGUGUCUACAGGAACAAAGUCCAAUUGGAGACAACCUGGUCAUUAGCAGCACAGCUCCACAGUUGGGUGAAGCUCUUGUUAAUGGUGUCUGUACAAGUCCUGUGGCUCAAGAAGACUUGAAAAGUGACCUUGAAGGGGAGUACGUUGAGCUGACAGAAGUUUCACUGCCCAGGUUUGGGCCACAAACAGGCUCUUUAACCCAAUCUCUAGCUUUAAGUUAUCUGACUCUGCCCAGAACCCGAGUGAAUGCAGCUAAAGGCAAGCACAGAUUCAUUGUCAUGCAGGACAGCACCUACUCCAAGAACUUGGUUCAGUCAGCACUGAUGCAGAAGGAGCACUGUCAAAUGGACAUUCUGAGGGCUUCUUCUGUUGAAGUUCUCAAAAAUGCAACUCUGUUGGAAAACAACAAGAUGAUGGCACCUGGAGAGCUGUCUCCAGAAGGGAUGGUGUCAAAAGGGGAAGAGACAAGAAAAGAAGCAACAAGCACAGAUGUGGUGAAACCAGUGAGCAAAGUCAGUGCCCUGGAGGACACCUCAGCAGCUCUUACUCCCCCAACAUCCCCAGGGCUGGGCAGUGCCUGGGGUGGUCGGUCCAUAGUCAAGGAUGUGAACCCAGAGGUGCUCCGGAGCGGCGUUGCCUGCCUGCCAGGUACCAGAGACAAAUCAGGACGUGCAGUGGCCAUAAUAACCACAAGGAACACAGCCUGGCUAAACCCCCACUGCAACACCCCUGAGCUUGUACGCCUCCUUCUGUACCUGCACAGCAUCCCCAGACCAGAGUGUCAGGCUUUGGGUCUGACUGUCCUUGUGGAUGCUCGUCGCUGUUCCCCAGUUCCUGCUCUCUUCAAGGCCUUCAGCACACUGCAGGACAUGGAUCCCCACUGUAUCCAUGGGGUGCUGCUGCUCGUUGAAAGGGAUCCAGCUUUUCGGAUGGAGAAGCCACCAGCAGGACAGUUUGAACUUCUCACCUCCAUGAAGUCCCUCCACAAGCACAUAGACAGCUCCCAGCUGCCCCUGGAACUGGAUGGAACCUUCCCUUAUUGCCACAGGGACUGGUUAAGCUUCCGCAUGAAGCUGGAACACUUGCUACAAGGAUGCCAAGGUGCCUGUGCCUUCCUCCAGGGAGCCAUUCAUAAAGUGGAAUCUGGAAAAUUACCAGGAAGAGCUGAGGAGGCAGCUGUGCUGCUGAGGAACUACAGGCAGCUGAUGAAGAAUGUUCUUGAAGACAUCCGGCUGGUCAGGCUGCAGUUGGAGGGUGGAGCACUCCUGGCCAGGCUGAGGAAGGAGGAAUCUUGUGUCACCCUCACCCAGGACUACAGGGACUCUCUGGAUGCCGCCAGCGCGCUCUACAACCGGGUUGAUGAGGGUGUCCACCGCCUGGUGAUGGUGUCCAACAAACGCAUCCAGGAGCUGGAGCUGGUGAUGGAGUUUGAGAAAGUGGAAGAAUGUUUGAAGGAGGUCAGCAGUUGGAUUGAGAAUGUUGGCAGAAAACGGCUGAAGGAAAUUAUCAACCUGGAUGAUUCUUUGGAGAUUCUGCUUCAAACACAAAAGCAGUUCAGGGAGUUUGAUCUUGUUGCCAGUGAAUAUUGCAGAAGGGGGCAGGAAGCACUGAAGAAGGUGGAUCGAUGGGAAGACUUCUCCUCUGUGGAUGUAGGUUCUUACAGGGUGAAGCUGCAGAGCUCCAGGGACCAGCUGGAGGAGUUCUGCACUCAGCUGGAUGAAAGCAGGCACCGGAUCUGCGAGACUGUCAGGCUCUAUGAGUUCUUUGACAAGGCCUACGAGUGGGCCUUGGAAGGGAUGAGACACCUUGCCUGCAUCAGCAUGGAGGACUGCAGCUCUGCUGAACAUUGUGCAGGGGUCAUCAAGUGCCUGGAGAGUUACAAGGGGCAGCACCCGGACAUCAGCGACGGCCGCUUCCAGGAGAUGAAGGAGCUGGCCUGUGAGCUGAAGAGUGACAAGGGACUCAAGCAAUGGAAAUUUGCCUGGUCCAAAUGCCAGGAGACUAAGCUGGUUUUUGAAAAGAAACUGGAAGCAGCCCUGAGGACAAGGAAGUCUCUGCUGUCAGACCGCAAAGCAGGCUCGGGGGAGCAGCCCCGGGUGGGCAGCGAGGCCGGCAGCCUGGCCCACCGCAGGCACUCCGAGGGGGCCUCCUCCAGCUCCCACUGGGACAGGACUUACAGCACAUCCCACUGCUACAACAGGCCCAGCUGUUCUCCUGGGUGGACUAAGGAGAAAGCUCCCUCACCCUCCCCAAGCUGCCCUGGCAGUGUCAGUGCUGGGGAGGAAUUUGCUACUCUCAGCUCUGCUCCUUACUCGAGCAGAGUUUCCUUUGCUGGUGGAGCCUCCAGGUCUCCAAAGCUGCCUGAAGAAAAGCCAAACCUGGAGAACAUACUGGAAACCCUGGAGGUGAAACCAUCCUGCAGCUCCACUCCAGCCUCUGGGAAGCUGCCUCCCAGGAGGAUCCUCCGGAAGGCCCAAAGCUUUGACCUCCCCUGUGGUGAGAGCCUGUGGUCGGGCUGCCAGAGGACACCAAGUGAGCCGGCCAGGUACGGCAACACCGGCGUCUUCAUCAAGGGGCUGGAGGUGAGCAGCACUGAGCUGGUGGACAGGACCUUCGCCCUGAGGCAGCAAGCUGCCCCCAGCUGGGCUGCAGACUGCCUGCUGGAGGGACACAGGGGCUGCCUCACCCCGUCGGAAGCCAAGAGCUGGGGCAGCAAGCUGCGGCACAUCAUCGACGAGAUGGUGACGACGGAGCGGGAAUACGUCCGGUCCCUCUGCUACAUCAUCGAGAGCUACUUCCCAGAGAUGGAACGUCUGGACCUCCCCCAGGACCUGCGGGGCAAGCGAAGUGUCAUCUUUGGGAACCUGGAGAAGCUCUAUGACUUCCACAGCCAGUACUUCCUGCGAGAGCUGGAGAGCUGCUGCAACCACCCGCUGCGGGUCAGCCACUGCUUCCUCCGACACAAGGACCAGUUUGGGAUGUAUGCCUUGUACAGCAAGAACAAGCCAAAGUCGGACUCACUGCUGGCCAGCCAUGGGAACACCUUCUUCAAGAUCAAGCAGGUGCAGCUUGGGGAUAAGAUGGACCUGGCCUCCUACCUGCUGAAACCCAUCCAGAGGAUGAGCAAAUAUGCCCUGCUCCUGAAGGACCUGAUCAAGGAGUGCAGUGAGGCACAGGAGCAGGAGCUGGGCUACCUCCGUGCAGCUGAGGAGAUGGUGAAGUUCCAGCUCCGACAUGGGAACGACCUGCUGGCCAUGGAUGCCAUCCGUGACUGUGAUGUGAACCUGAAGGAGCAGGGGCAGCUGGUGCGGCAGGAUGAGUUCACCAUCUGGCUGGGCCGGAGGAAGUGCCAGAGACACGUCUUCCUCUUUGAGGACCUGAUUCUCUUCAGCAAGCCCAAGAGGAUUGAGGGUGGCUUUGAUGUGUACAUCUACAAGCGUUCCUUCAAGACUGCAGACAUUGGUCUGACCGAGAACUCCGGGGACAGCGGCCUGCGCUUCGAGAUCUGGUUCCGAAGGAGAAAGUCCAGUGACACCUACAUCCUCCAGGCCAGCUCAGCUGAGACCAAGCAGGCCUGGACCAGUGACAUUGCCAAGAUCCUGUGGCAACAGGCAGCCCGCAAUAAAGAAAUCCGCAUGCAGGAGAUGGUCUCCAUGGGCGUGGGCAACAAGCCAUUCCUGGAUAUCAAACCCAGUGAGGCAGCUAUCAAUGAUCGUGCCAUCGACUACAUCAUGAAGGGCAGAGGUGCCAGGACCAGAGCAUCAAUCGCCGUGUCUCUGUUUGACCAUUCCAACCCCUACAAGAGGACACAGGCACAGAUCUCUGCUGGCAGCACCCCAGCUGCAUACUGCCCUUCCUCUUCCUCCUCCUCCUCCUCCUCCCUGCUGGGACCCCUCAACCUGCACAUGUACCUGGACCAGGCUCUUCUGCCAGGUGUUCUGGCCCCCAGCCGCCCCUUUGACAUCGGCACCUGCAUCGAGGAAGAUGAGCUGGAGCACGAGACCAGCAGCCAGCCCUCACUGACAACAGAGAGCUCAGAGUCAUCCCACUGCAUGUCAGGCAGUGGCUCCAGUGGCUCCGACAGCGGCUGCGUCUCCAGCAUCCCCCAGGAAAGCUUCUGUGAAGACAUGGGCUCACCCCCCUACGUGCCCUUGGGCUCCCAGCACAGCUCUGCCAUGGAGGAGAAGCCCAGGUUCACCAACAGCCAGUACAUUUCUGCAAAAGCAGGCCAGGUCACCAUAAGUCCCUCGACAAUAGUGUGA